CGGACUUUGUAUUCCUAGUAAACUCAAUUUGCAUGUUUGUCUUUCUCCAAACGUCAGAUUUCCAACGGUGACAGCUGCACAGCCGAGCGACCCGAUCAGUACCAGUCGUCAUGUCUCAUAGCAACGGUACCAGUCACCAUGUCAGUAAGGACGUGUGGGAGUCUCACAACAAGAUGAUGCAGGAGCCACUCAGCUCCAACGACUCUGAGGUGUUCUCCAUCAUCAAGAGAGAGAAGCACCGUCAGACCUUUGGCCUGGAGCUGAUCGCAUCAGAGAACUUCACCUCCAGAGCUGUUCUAGAAGCCCUGGGCUCCUGUAUGAACAACAAGUACUCAGAGGGGUAUCCUGGACAGAGGUACUACGGCGGUACAGAACAUGUUGAUGAGUUGGAGCGUCUGUGUCAGAGGAGAGCUCUGGAGGCCUACGGACUGGACGCUGACAAGUGGGGAGUUAACGUACAGCCAUACUCAGGCUCCCCUGCUAACUUUGCUGUGUACACGGCGAUCGUGGAGCCUCAUGGGAGGAUCAUGGGUCUGGACCUCCCUGAUGGAGGUCACCUGACGCACGGCUUCAUGACGGACAAGAAGAAGAUCUCUGCCACAUCCAUCUUCUUUGAGUCCAUGCCAUACAAGGUAAACAACAACAACAACAACACCUCCAUCUUCUUUGAGUCCAUGCCCUACAAGGUGGAUCCAGACACUGGUCUCAUCAACUACGACCGACUGGAGGAGAACGCCCGGCUGUUCCACCCUAGACUGAUCAUCGCAGGUACCAGCUGUUAUUCCCGUAACCUUGACUACGCUCGGCUGCGUUGUAUCGCCGAUGAGAACGGAGCUUUCCUAUUGGCCGACAUGGCACACAUCAGCGGACUGGUGGCGGCCGGGGUCGUCCCGUCUCCGUUCGAGUACUGUGACGUGGUCUCCACGACGACCCACAAGACGCUGCGGGGCUGUCGCUCUGGGGUCAUCUUCUACAGAAAGGGAAUACGUAGUGUGGACCCUAAGGGAAAGGAGACUCUGUAUAAUCUGGAGUCUCUCAUCAACCAGGCAGUAUUCCCAGGACUACAGGGAGGACCCCACAACCACGCCAUCGCAGGUGUGGCGGUGGCCCUGAAGCAGGCUCUGACCCCAGAGUUUAAGGCGUAUCAGUACCAGGUGCUCUCUAACUGCAGAGCUAUGGCCAACGCCCUCAUCAACCACGGGUACAAGAUCGUCACCGGGGGUUCUGAUAACCAUCUGAUCUUACUGGACCUGAGGCCCAACGGGACGGACGGAGGACGAGCUGAGAAGGUUCUAGAAGCUGCUGCCAUCGCCUGCAACAAGAACACCUGUCCAGGUGAUAAGAGUGCGUUGCGUCCCAGCGGUCUGAGGUUCGGCUCUCCUGCUCUGACCUCCAGAGGAAUGGUUGAAGACGACUUCAGGAAGGUCGCAGAGUUCAUCCACAGAGGUAUCCAGGUGACCCUGGACAUCCAGGCCUCUCUGCAGCCCAAGGCGACCCUGAAGGAGUUUAAGGAGGCCCUGGCAGGGGAGGGGAAGCACCAGGAGAGGGUAGCAGAGCUGAGGGGGGAGGUGGAGGCUUUCGCUGGGGGGUUCCCCAUGCCUGGUCUGGAGGAACUUUAAAGUUUUCAAGAUGAAAUGUUUUCAUGUCACCUGCCACAUCAUCAUACCUCUUGAAUAUCCUUUAUCUUGAAAACUUGUCUGCUGACCUGCAAAACUGACAGGUUCCUUCUCUGCUGUCCUCUGCCUUACCGGUUUGACUGACUGUUUCCUUCUCUGCUGUCCUCUGCCUUACCGGUUUGACUGACUGUUUCCUUCUCUGCUGUCCUCUGCCUUACCGGUUUGACUGACUGUUUCCUUCUCUGCUGUCCUCUGCCUUACCGGUUUGACUGACUGGUUUGUCCUCUGCCUUAACGGUUUGACUGACUGUUUCCUUCUCUGCUGUCCUCUGCCUUACCGGUUUGACUGACUGUUUCCUUCUCUGCUGUCCUCUGCCUUAACGGUUUGACUGACUGGUUUGUCCUGUCUUACCGGUUUGACUGACUGUUUCCUUCUCUGCUGUCCUCUGCCUAAACAGUUUGACUGACUGGUUUGUCCCCUGCCUUAACAGUUUGACUGACUGUUUCCUUCUCUGCUGUCCUCUGCCUUAACAAUUUGACUGACUGGUUUGUCCCCUGCCUUAACGGUUUGACUGACUGGUUUGUCCUCUGCCUUAACAGUUUGACUGACUGGUUUGUCCUCUGCCUUACCGGUUUGACUGACUGUUUCCUUCUCUGCUGUCCUCUGCCUUAACAGUUUGACUGACUGGUUUGUCCCCUGCCUUAACGGUUUGACUGACUGUUUCCUUCUCUGCUGUCCUCUGCCUUAACAGUUUGACUGACUGGUUUGUCCCCUGCCUUACCGGUUUGACUGACUGUUUCCUUCUCUGCUGUCCUCUGCCUUAACAGUUUGACUGACUGGUUUGUCCCCUGCCUUACCGGUUUGACUGACUGUUUCCUUCUCUGCUGUCCUCUGCCUUAACAGUUUGACUGACUGGUUUGUCCCCUGCCUUAACGGUUUGACUGACUGUUUCCUUCUCUGCUGUCCUCUGCCUUAACAGUUUGACUGACUGGUUUGUCCCCUGCCUUAACGGUUUGACUGACUGUUUCCUUCUCUGCUGUCCUCUGCCUUAACAGUUUGACUGACUGGUUUGUCCCCUGCCUUACCGGUUUGACUGACUGUUUCCUUCUCUGCUGUCCUCUGCCUUAACAGUUUGACUGACUGGUUUGUCCCCUGCCUUAACGGUUUAAUGUACUGAAACCCAAGACAAAUAAAACUCAGAUGUGGAACACA